CAACAAAUCCUCUCCCACACACCCAAUUAUCGCCCCCUCGCGACAGGCCCUUCUAGAACGGAAUUGGAACGCGACGGCUGCACCUCUUGCAUACUGCAUCUGCUCUCAUCGCGCUUUUGUCGACCUUUCGCGCCGACAACAAAUGGACUCGUCCGCCAUUCUAUGCCGUUGGAGAGCGUAGCAUGGUACAGCGAAAUGGAAGUCAACAAUUCUUCUUCCCCAAAUUGGCGGCUGGACAAGGGCGAGCAGACGGCCAACUCCAAUGCGCGCCUCAGCACAGCUCAAGCACACUACACACCACCCGAGUCUCCAGUGCGUUCCGCGCAACGACAGAGUUCGUACGCCGAGAAUGGGUUUUUCCAAAAUUACCUCCGCGCAUUCUGCCACUUCGAACCGCCGACAGAGGCCGAGGCGAAUGAUGAGGCGCUCUUGAUGACGGUGCGCAUUCAGCCGGGAGACUUGAUCCUCAUCCACUCCGUCCAUGCGAAUGGCUGGGCAGACGGCACCGUUCUUACCACCAAUGAACGAGGAUGGCUGCCAACGAAUUACUGCGAGACCUUCGACCAUCCGUACAUGCGGAAUCUGCUCAGCGCAAUGACGCACUUCUGGGAUCUGCUAGGCGCAAGCAACGACGAGAAUCUCUCGACCUUUGUACGACAGGACUACGUCCGUCCGCUAAUCGCCGGCGUGCGCUUCCUCCUCGAGCACGCCGAUUGUCUGCACAGAGAUGCGCCGCUGGUUCAGCGCAGUACCGGUCUUCGCCGACUGCGCAAAGGCCUACUCGCCGAUCUAUCGAGCGUGGUACAGAUUGCGAAACGGCUGCAAGAGGUCGUUGCCGAGCCUCUUGUCGGCGAUGCGGUUCAGCACCUUCUUGACGAACUCAUGGUGAAGGCUUGCAAGGCCGUGACGAGGGCGGUCGGCUUCGUGGACAUGUUGCAGCAGGAAGGCGUUGGCGUUGUUCCUCUGAAACAGUCCAGUCGCAAGAGUGUCCGAGUCGCGGUCGACACUUCUGCCCGCGAGGCUCAGCAUGGCAAGGCGCACGACGGUUCUGAACUUCCAGAUCCGAUUGACAGCGGAAAGUGCUUCACAGAGCCUGCAGAACCCAAGCAGAUUUCCGAAGAGGACCAAGCGGCAGCUGGAGAUCAUGUACGGUCCAACUCACAGAAGAGGCUGUCGAGGGGACCCGGCAGCCUGAUAUCCCACCGAUUAUCAACAGUACGAUACGACGCUGUGCACUCAGACGGCCUCGCCACGGAGCGACUGGCGCAAGCACACGACGUCUGCAUCAGCCAAAUCGCCGGCUUCAUCGGCCUCUACCUGCACUCCUCGAACCCCGCUUCAGAACUCGCGGCAAUGACUCGGCGACUUCAGAGCACCUGUGAUACCAUGCUCGACGUCCUCGACAGGAUCGCAGCGGUGGAGCCACUGGGUUCCUGCUCGAUUCGAAAGGCGCGGAGGAUGUUUCAGUGGAAGUUGAACGACCUUACUGUGGAGACGGACAAGUUGUUUGCGAACGCUGUCCGGCUUGACGAGGAUAUCGUCAUGGAGCCGAGUCAUAGGGAUCAUCUGGUGGAGCUUAGCACCAGCCUCAUCCGCGCGGCGGGCGACUGUGUGGUAAAGGUUCGCCGGAUUGUUGAGCAAAUUGGAGAUUUCGAUCUGGAGAACCCGCCCUCCACAAGGCAGGCCAUACCUCAUGAUGAGGACGCCGUGACUGGUGCCAACAACACGGAAGGGCAGUCACACUCGUCAGACCCAAGGCCGGCGACCAGCAGCACGGACUCUCAAUCGCGCUCCACGCAAAAUGCCAGUCCUACCACGCGGCAGAGAGCCAAGACAACUACUGCCGUUCACGAUCUUACACGAGAGUCCAGCGCAAAGACCAGCUCACGCACUCCCGACAAAUCAAUUUCUCUGACUAUCCCCAGUUACACACCCAUGGAAAGCAAAGCAGACGCCGCAGCUCCUCAGCUCUCGCCGCCGAACGCAGACACCACGAAAAGCGCCAGAUCGUCUCGAACGCAUUCGACAAGCCCCGUCCGCAAGUUCAGCGUCGGCGCCUCCAUCUCUACCUCUACAGAUACCAGGCUGAGCAGUAUGCGCGAUUCCGGCAUCACGGCGGUGUCCGAAAUCUCCACGCGAGCCACGACGCCAGAUCACGCCAAGGACGCGCCGGCUUUGGUCAACAGCGUCGACAGCUUUUCCAGCAUUCCGUCGACCGGUAAUGUCGAGUCGAGCAUUGAUGCAGAGGCACAGCUGUUGCAGAAGACUUAUGCGAAUGAGCUCACGCUUAACAAAGAUGGCCAGGUGACGGGUGGCAGUCUCCCGGCGCUCAUUGAGCAACUUACUACCGGAGACACCGCGCCCGAUCCACAAUUUGUGGCUGCUUUCUUCGUCACCUUCCGCUCGUUUACUACUGCCCGGGAACUCGCUCAAGCGUUGAUCCAGCGGUUUGAUUACAUCGGUGAAGAUAAAGCUGUGGGCGUCCCCGUCCGGUUGCGCAUCUACAACGUCUUCAAGGGCUGGCUGGAUACAUACUGGAAGGUGGACGGCGACCGAGAAGCCCUGGGCGACAUCAGAUACUUUGCGCUGCACAAGCUAAAGCCACUGAUGCCCCUGGCUGGAGAGCGAUUAUUGGAAUCCAUCCGAAAGAUCAGUGCGUCGUCUCAAAAUGGGUCCGCCAGUGCGACUUUCGCCCCUGGGCCGAGAAAGUACAAUGCGCUCUCUGUCAGCCAGGAAGAGAUCGAUUGUGACGCGCCCGAGCCGAUGAUCACGAGGAGCCAGUUGAACACUCUCAAGAAGUGUGUUGCGGAUAGCACUGCUUCGUGCUCUGUGAUGGAUUUCGAUCCCCUGGAGAUGGCGCGCCAACUGACCGUACUCGGGUCUCGAAUGUUCUGCGAGAUUCAGGCCGAUGAGUUUCUCAGCCUCGAGUGGAACAAGAAGGACUCCCUCAAGGCGGAGAAUGUGCGCAACAUGUGCCUGCUGAACACCGAUGUGGCCCAUUUCGUCGGCGACACCAUCUUGACUCCCGAAGACGCGAAGAAGCGCGCACUGGUGAUCAAGUACUGGUCGAAAGUGGCGACUCGCUGCCUGGAACUCAACAACUACGAGUCCCUUAUGGCCAUCAUGUGCUCCCUCAACUCCUCCGUGGUGCAACGUCUGAAGCGCACCUGGGAACUGGUGAGCAAGAAGUCGCGCGCCCGCCUGGACGAACUCAACACGGUGGUCGACUUCUCGCGCAACCAAAUGUCGCUCCGCCGCAGACUCGAAAACGCGCCCACCCCCUGCCUCCCCUUCCUCGGCGUCUACCUCACCGACCUGAUCAUGCUCGACGCCGGCAACGCCAAACUGCGUCAACUCCCCGGCGUGCGCACCUCGACCGGCGAAGCGCUAACCGUCAUCAACUUCGACAAGCACAUGCGGAUGGCGCGCAUCGUCGCGCACCUCCAGCACUUCCAAACGCCCUACAAAUUGCAGGAAGUGCGCGACAUGCAGGCCUGGCUGCACAUGCACCUCGACCGCAUGCGCAGCUGCAAUGCGCAGAUGGUCGGCGACUUCCAUCGGCGGAGCUUGUAUAUUGAGCCGAAGCGCGAUGCCGCGAGCGCGACGCAUGCGAUGCUCGCGCUGCCGAAGUUGCCUGAGUUUCGCCGGGCUACGGAUCCGACUGCUUCGAGGGCUGGGGCUGGGAGUCGCGAUGGGAGUGGUGGCGAGGAACAGCAGCAGCAGCAGUCGCAGUCGCAGCAGUUGGUGCGGCCGAAGACGGCAGGGUAUGCGCCUACGUCGAAGAGCUUCAAGUCGGGUGGGCAGGCGUUUGAGUUUUUGUGGAAGACGAGGUUUGAUUUCAAGGGGAGGGGAGAGGGGGUUGUUGAGGGGACGUGAUGGGCAGGUGUUGAUUGAUUGACUGACUGGCUGACUGGCUUAUACAUGAUACCCGUUCUUGCAUAGCUUGGGGUUUACACGACAGUACACGACAUGAUGGUAGAGAUAUGAGCAAUCUACAAUGUUUCUGGAUGAAAUACGUCGACUCUCGACCGAUGCUUGUAUGGGAUGUUGGAACACGUGACCCGGCACUCGCCACAAAUCCGGGUUCCGGACGUGGCGUCCAGGUUUGACCAGCUGUCUAACCGCGUGGAAGAUGCGCAGUCGAUCAGAUGAUUUAUUACUCGCCUCUAAACUUGAUUCUUCCUCCUUGUAACCCCA